GCCAUAAAGGCUUUGUAGCCUGCCUGAGGGUCCCGGGGUGGGGGGACUGGGAUUUAUGCUGCUUGUAGCCCCAAAUGUUGUCAGUUAACUGCGAGGGGGGAGAAGUAAGUGGGGAAGCAGGAAAGAGGACUCUGCUGUUUGGCUGUAUGUCCUAGCAGGCAUCCUUUCCCCGCUGAACUCAGUUGUUUCACAUUGGCCUAGGAGCACUGAUAUGAAGAUCCCAAGAUUCAGACCUCUUGCUUUUUCUGUGUCUCUUCCACCUCGUUUUGCUCCCCUGUUUGUUUCUGCUUAGUUCCCCCUUGCUUCUUUUUUUUAAUUGCCACUGUUUCUACCCUCACCUCCCUCCCACAUCUUUGUUUUCACUAUUCUACUUCUUCUCUUUCUUUUCCCUUUCUCAAUUCCCUCAUCUUAAAGUCUUUGUGGAAACAGAGUCAAUGCUUUGUUCAAGGAAAAGGGUCGCAAAGGGGACCAAACACAUACCUGGUGACCAGAUAGUGAUGAACUGGGAUUUAUGAACAGGAGAACUGUUGGGUCCAGUAUUCUUUCCCAUUCUUUUCAGAGUAGGAGAUAAGGGAUGACAGGGAAGGCUGCUUAAUCCCAUUGUUUGCAGUCCAGGUGUUUGCUUCCUAAAACUAAUUCAUCUCUCUUUUACACCAGUGUAACUACAGAGCCACUCAGAUUAAAUCACUGGUAUGAUGCUGGUGUAAAUUAGAAUAGAAUCAGUCUCUUGCUCUCUUCCUCUGAGGGUAUGAGCUAUUGGUGGAAAUAGGUGGGGGUGAAGGAUAGAGAGCACAGGACUGUCACAGCUGCAGAUCGGGACUGAGAUGUGGUACCAGAGCUCCUGAGUCCAUAGGAGUAGCAAGGGGAGGCAUAGAUCAGAAAUGAAAUGCUUUGGCAGAACAGUAAAGAGAGGGAAAGCCCAACACUGGAACAACAGGACUGGAACAACAGGGAGUGCUGUAUGUCUGGAUUCUCGUUCUGUUCCAGCAGGUGAUGGGAACAUGAAUGAAAAUGAGGAGGAUCCUCAGCUGGAAGGUCCCAACCAGGUAGAAGCCCCUGGAACAUUAUCAGACUUUUUCAUAAGGGAAGCUUUUCUGAGUUCUGACCAGGACACAGCCUGUGAGAGGCAAGAAAUAAAUUCUCCCGAGGGGAGACAGGCAAAACCCAUUCGUUGUGAAAGAGGCUUCAGGAAACGCAAAGACACCAUCGUUCACCAGAAAACUCUCCUGGGUGAGAAGCCCUACAUCUGUAUUGAAUGUGGGCAGAGCUUCAACCGAAGCUCAGACCUCAUCCGCCACCAGCGGAUCCACACAGGCGAAAAACCCUAUGUGUGUACCGAGUGUGGGAAAAGCUUCAGCCGACGCUCACAUCUUAUCCAGCACCAGAGAAUCCACACAGGGGAGAGACCCUACCAGUGCAAAGACUGCGGGAAGAGCUUCAGCCAGAGCACACACCUCGUGCAGCACCAAAGGAACCACACCGGAGAGAGGCCCUACGUGUGUGCCAAAUGCGGGAGGAACUUCUACCAGAACUCUGGGCUCAUCAGACAUGCCAACUUCCACACGGGUGAGAAGCCCUACAAAUGUCCUGAGUGUGGGAAAUGCUUCAGUGACAGCUCCAACCUCAUUGCCCAUCAGCGGCUGCACACAGGCGAGAAGCCCUACAAGUGCACGGACUGUGACAAAUGCUUUAGUGAGAGCUCCAAGCUGAUCAUCCAUCGCCGGACCCACACAGGAGAAAAGCCCUACAUGUGUCCCGAGUGUGGGAAGAGCUUCAGUCAGAGGUCCCACCUCGUCCAACACCGCAGGACGCACACCGGAGAGAAGCCCUACAAGUGCUCCGAAUGUGGGGCAAGCUUCAGUGACAACUCAACCCUGAUCCGGCACCGCAGGACCCACACUGGGGAGAAGCCCUUCAAAUGUGCUCAAUGUGGGAAGAGCUUCAGCCGCAAUUCGUACCUUGUGUCGCAUCAGAGAGUGCAUGUGUGGUAGGGAGCAGCAGUGGCUUGGACCCUGGGCAAGUAUGGUGCCAUGUAGGCACAUGAAACAUUUGCAACAAUUUGGAGGGUGGAUGACUAAAUCAAGGAGGAGAGUGGAACACAUUCCUAGGGUGACCAGCAAUGUUAGGAGUCACGGAGUGGUGGGAGCCAGUGAGCUGUGACAUCAAUCACUCUGCAAUCUCAGACAUGAAAACUGAUGAAAUAAGAGUCAGUUUUCCUGCUUGUUUUGAUGUUGGUUCCUUUUAAAAUGUUAUCUUGUUGUGAAGGUAAAAAUGCCAAGUGGUCAUUUGGCUCUGGGUUACAUCUGCAGUUUAUAAGAUUGUGGCACAUAACUUGCAACCGGCCAAUGGCCCCAAAGUUUUGCAGAAUUUAAAUUCUCCUCUCUGUACUUAUAUUAAGUUUGUAGCCCUUCCAGUUGUGACCAGCUGCUUCGGAAUGUCACUCAGCAUAAUGCUAAUAACUGCCUGAUUCUGCAGGCAAGAAAGCAGGAAACCACUCUGAGAGAUACCCUGCUCCUCUGUUUAGGGUGUUGACACUGAAGACUCACCAUGAUGUAUUUAAAUUGUAAUAUGUUUGACUGUUUUACUGCUAGUUAUUUUAGCAAAAGUAUCAAGCUGAUGUGUUUAUCCAGUGUGGCUGGAUAUCCUAGAAAUUAGGAAUAGAGAAGAUGUAUUAGUGGUGUGCUUUUUAUUCCUGUCAUUGGCUUCAUGACUUCAGUGUAUCUCUGGAAGAGUGAAGGGCUAGUGAGAGCCAAUAGAAGGUCUGGGGGCAGGAAAAUGAAGAACUCCUGUGUGCGCUAAAGCUGCCAAGCGGAUCCAGGAGUUGGAGCAGUUGCUGGCCGAAAGCAUGUGAAAAACUCAUUCUGCAGCUAGCUCUGUGAAACUCACCACUCUUCAAGGGAUUAGAACUCUUUGGGAGCCUGAAACCACUUCUGGACUCUUUAACAGAUGACAAUAUAUGAUUGUAAUGUAUUUUGAAGUAUUAAACUUUGAGGGGAGCAGGGAACUUGCAGCUCCUGGAGGAGCAGGGACCUUUGCUUCCAGCUGCUCAAAGAAGUGGAGGAACUUUAUGUAGUGGAUGCCUUUGUUUGAAACCGAAGAGGAUCUGAGGCUUUUGCUUGCAAUUGCAAGUAUUUUCUGAGGACAACUUCAGAUCAGUGGGUUUUGGGGUUUGAAUUCCCAACAACUGCUCCAGAAGUCUGACUCUGAGAGUCAGCCAGUCGUUGAAUGGAUCCAGAAGCUCUGAGAGUCAUUGGCUCAACAUACUUUCCAAAGGUCAUACAUGCUCUUCACUUUGCAGACUCAAAGAUUGAGCCAAAGUUCAACUAGAGUUGACUGACUUCUACUAGUCCGAUCUUUUCCCAUCCAAAUUUUAUGAAGGAAACAUACUGAACUUUGGUAAAUGCGUGCUGUACAGCUGGUGGGACAACUCUCUAGAAUUCAGUCAUGGGGGCUGCUGUUUAGGGUAGUUCCUUUGGAGUCAUUCACGUUUGUGAAUGGGGACUUUUCUGUUCUGAAUCUGAAUAAAUCAAAACAUGGCAGCCAAUUAAUGGACUUAACUCUUAAUGGUUGAGAUCAACCCAAAGGAGAAUCCUGGCAUCAAGAAUUUGGUCUCAGAGAAGCAGCAGCACUUUCCUCACUGAAAACCCCUUCCCCUGAGGUCCUCAGACCAUUUGUUGUCUUUCUAUGUGCUUGGUAAAGUGUUGCAUACACUCAGUAGUGCUCUAUAAAUUAAAAAUAACUGUGCACAUUUAUUUCUGAUUAAAAUCUUUAUGUAAACAUUUAAAAUUGUAUGCAGAUUCAGUGUGGUCUUGGGGUUCAGGGCCCAUCAUCAGAGCAGCUAAGGUUGUUACACCACUCUUCUGAAGACCUGUCAUCAGUGUCUUUGGGAUUUCCUUUGUGCCCCGUAUGGGAGUUAUUUGCCCUGUUCCUUGCCACACAGCUAAAAUCGUCCUGGGUUUGUGAUCAUCUAGCUGAAGAAGGCCAGCCUGGGCACUGCCAUUUCUUUGCUCAUGUAGCAAUUACAGUGUAUGUUCCUCUUCCAGCAGGACUUUAAUUUCUACUGGUGGCAGAGAGCUUCACAAGCAGAAUGUAGGAGAGAGUGGUCUGUGGAAAUCUCAGAGGUCACUGAGAGCUGGAAAGCCUUCUUCCAAUGUGCUGGAUAAAUGGGCUCUUGCUGAUGAGGUGAAGCCUGUCUCUUCUCUAGUAGCUUACAUUUGUCUCCUCUCUCUGGAUCAUAAUUUGCUACUUUUGGAAAAAUCUUCAUAAAUGGUAAAUUUUCUUAUUUAACCAGUAAUUCUGUGGAGACUAUCCAAUGUUUUAGUCACACUCCCAUCUCAGGCUAUUGGUUCCAGUCAAAAGUUCUGUCAGUUUAAUGGUGCUUUCUAUAAAUUUUAGGUUCUGCUACUGGUGCUUUGUAACCACAGUGAUACCACGGCACUUUUGAAAUACCUAAACCACAUAGAUUAAUGGAAUAAUGUUGUCUCUGCAAUAAAAUCUCUCUUCCAAAUAC